AUGAAAUUUACACGUAGUCUGCUUUACACACGAAGCUUACUGUUAGAUUAAUACAGUUACGUCAGCGAAAGUAGAAACUGCGCUUGCAUUCUGUCCGCACAUUUGGCGGCAAAGUCUGCGAUGGUUUAAUAAAACACCAUGGAGGUGACCAAAUUCUGUAGCUUUUUUUUUCAACAUUAGUCGGUACUAAUAAAUGAAAAUGUCUGGCAUUUAAUUGUUAGCUAAGUUAAUAUCCCUUAAAAGAGUACUGAUCACUGCAGGUAUUAUACAACUUAACCGAGAUGCAUGAAUUGCAUUAUUACACUGUAAAUGAGAACUUUGAAAUAUGUGAAAAUAAUUAUUAUCCUUUUAAGACUAAUUCUCUUUGUUUUACGGGGGAUUACCUGGGGCCAAGAACAAAGUUCCUUUCAGAAAGUGGUAUGGAUGCCUGGGAGAAUUAAGGUCUCUAAUUCCUCAAGAGUGUCAAAUCAUGGUCCUUACAGCAACUGUAACAAAGGCUACCAAGCAGCAAAUACUGCAUACACUCCGUAUAUGUGAAAAAGAUCUCCAGCUGAUUGAGCAGAGCCCAGAUGGGCCGAACUUAUUUUGUGGAAUGUCAUACCUUGACAAGAAUGAUGAGAUCGAGUUAGCUUUUUCAUCUUUGAUUAGUGAAGUAAAGGAACUGAACAUUGAGACAGCCAAAACAUUAAUUUACUAUCAGACACGAAAACAAUGUUCUGUGAUCUUCCGUGUGUUUGAGGUAUACCUGGGAAUGCACCUGUACCACACAAGUACUUUGCCCAAAAAUUGA